AUGGUUUAUAUCAUUGGAUUAUUUUUAUUAUCCUGCGUUUGGAGCAAUGCUGCGUAUGAUUUUGACAGCGAGCAUCCACUGGUGGAGGCUGUAGUGGGCGGUCACGCCAUCCUUCCCUGCAACGUAUCCAAUCCCUUGGAGGACGAUGAGGCGACCUUGAUCCUCUGGUACAGGUUAGACUAUCCCAACCCCAUCUACACCCUGGACGUGCGAAACGCUGCCAUCAAGAAUGCUAAGCAUUUCCCCUCAGACGAAAUGGGGGAUCGCGCCCAGUUCGAUGUCAGUGUUCAUCCCCCCGUGCUGGUGCUGGCGGACGUCACGACGGACGACGAAGCAGAUUACAAAUGCCGCGUCGACUUAAGACGCUCCCGGACGCUCAUCCUUCACAGCAGGCUGAGAGUCAUAGUGCCUCCUAGCGAGCCUAUUAUAAUGGAUGAACAUGGACAACAUCUUCAUGACGUAGUGGGACCUUAUGAUGAAGGAUCUACUAUUACUUUCAUAUGUGAAGUGGAUGGAGGUACAAAAGUUUUGUCUCCAGAGAUCGAAAGUGAGAUCUCCGUCGCAGAGAAAGUAAUUGUCGUGUCUCCGACGACGUCCUUUUCAUCGCAAUUCACUUUGUGCGGAAGUAAUCAAGAAAAUGGACUACGGAGCCACAUGGAAUAG